AUGGAAAUCGUUGGGAAAUCAUUCGAUUCAUCAUCACUCUCCAUCCUAGUUCCGAAGAUGCAUGGAUUUCUACACAUGAACUCCAACGAGAUGGAUGAAACUUUACGGCAAGACUUGACUUCAAACUCUCCCUCGAGUUCUUUUCAAGAAAUGAAGAAUGAUGCAGGAGCUUAA